AUGGCUGAUUUAAACAAACAGUAUCAAUGUUCUUCAAAGGCAAUUAUCUACAAUGCAACAAUCUUUUCUAAACGAAGACAGACAUAUCUAAUCGUUGAUAUUGAACCUGUGAUCGAUAACAGUCAGCCCUUAGAUGAUCGAUCAAUUUCCUCGUUAUUUAAAGAUUAUUAUACCUAUGCAAGACCCAGUAAUGACUCAUCAAUUAAUAAUAUAAUAUUUGGCAUUGGUCUGGUCGUCGUUAUUUUACUUUUACUAGUAAUAGUUAUUAAAUUGAUUUAUAAAUGUUAUAAAAUGUAUCAUGAUGAUAAUGGUAACGAAAAUGACGAUGAUGACAAAGAAGAAGUUAACAAAUCACCUUUAUUGACUUCGACUGCUGUGCGUCGAGAUUCAUCCCUUCGUAAUCCAACAGCACCGGCUAUUCGAUCAAGUCUUAAUUUAGAAACACAAAUGGAACUUCGACAAAAACAUUUAUCUAAAACGUUCAGUGAUACACCACCCACUCAAAAGAAACUUUAA